GAAUGUAAAUGCGUUACUUCCGCCCCCUGGUGUCUGGAGGCUCACAUGCAGCCUGAUACAGACCCGUCGUCUCCCGGCCUCAUCAGUCCUCCGCCGGCAGGGGGCAGCACAUCCGUGUGGCCCCAUACCCGCAGAGGCCUGCGAAGUAGAAUGACCCUCCCCAUGGAAGACCUCUGAACUUGUACCCUGUCGUCUGUGACCCUUACCCCUUAUCAGUGAGCCCUAUCCUUAUCAAUGGGCCGUGCUUUGAUCACUGAGUUGUGAUCGCCGAGGCCGCCAUGGUGCUGCGGUCUCUGUGUGUCCUGCGGGCCCAGGCCGCCGCCUCACUAAGCGGCCUGCCUGCCGCGCUUCUCCCCGGCGGCUCGGGGCUCGACCUCCCCGGCUCGGGGCUCGUCCUCCGGUCGCUGUCCACGGACGUCUUCCAGAACCUGGCCCUGGAGGACUGGAUACACGACAACGUGGACCUCCACAGCCGCAGCAUCCUGCUGCUGUGGAGGAACUCGGCCGCGGUGGUGGUGGGUCGGCACCAGAACCCAUGGCAGGAGUGCGACCUGCGGCUGAUGAGGCGCAGCGGGGUGCCCGUGGCCCGGCGGCGCAGCGGCGGCGGAACGGUGUUCCACGACCCGGGGAACCUCAACCUAACGUUCUUCAGCUCCAGGAAGAACUACGACCGUGCCCGGAACCUGCGCGUGGUCACCGGGGCGCUGAGGGCGCUGCGGCCCGGGAUCGACGUCCGGGCGACGGACCGCUUCGAUAUCCUACUUGACGGUCACUACAAGAUAUCAGGCACGGCGGCUAAGCUGGGCCGCACCGCCGCCUACCACCACUGCACCCUGUUGUGCUCCGCCGACCGCCCGCUGCUGGCCUCUCUGCUCCGCCCCACCUGCCACGGUAUCCAUAGCAACGCCACGGCCAGCCUCCCCGCCCCCGUUCAGAACCUGAUGGACCACGACCCCUCCCUGACCCCCGAGAGCAUCACCCGCCAGCUGGCCCAGCAGUACCUAGCAGAGUUCGGCUCGGGGGGGCUCCCCGUGGUCCCGGUGCAGCCCUCUGACCCGGCCUUCGGGGGGAUCGACCGUGCGGCGGCGGCGCUGCGCGGCUGGGACUGGACGCACGGCCGGACGCCGCGCUUCAGCGUGGACACGGCCCUGGAGCUGGCGGACGGCGCGGCGGCGGCCACGGCCUCGGUGCACCUGGAGGUGAAGGCGGGCCGGGUGGAGGCGUGCCGGCUGGCCGUGGCCCCGGAGUGGCUCCCCGGGGGCCCCCCCGCCCGCCUGGCCGCCCGGCUGCUGGGGGCCCGCUUCUGCCCCUCGGAGGCGGCUGCCGUGGCGGAGGCCUUCCUGAGGGCCGAGGGGGGCGGGGCCACGGGGGCCCGUCUGGGGGCCCGCCUGGGGGACCUCUGUGACAAGAUGGUGGCUCUGAUGUGAUUCCGUAAAGUUAUGUUUUUAUAUGAUGUAAAGAAAAUAAAGAUUAGUAACAAGUC